AUGCACUUACCAAGGAUUCUAAUCAUUUGGAGGAAGGACUCCUAGAUCUAGAUGAGGAUGUAAAAUGGAACUGAUCGAUUGGAUGUAAUUAUUAUAUAAUACUUUUAAAAGCAAAUAAAAUGGGAAAGUGAGUGGAAAUUGGUUAAUAAGGAGGAAGAGAAAAUACAGUUCAAGAGACAAUAGAAUUUAUUAUCAAGAAAAGUAGGAUUCAUUUUGUAACUGUAAAUGAAUUUUUUAUGA